UCCGGCUGACAGCCCGGAACGCCCUCCUGGGUUCCGUACUCCCUCCCGCGACAGCUUUCAUUGGCUCCGCCGUUCCCCGCUGCAGAAUGAAUGCUCAAAGAUCCGGGAAGGUUCUGCUUGAGUUUCUGGUUUUCAGGGCAGACCGUUAACCUUAGAACUGCCGGCCAGUUCACGUGAGAGGUUUUUCUGACCUAUGAGAAGCAUUUCUGUUAGCUUUUUCUCCCUGAAAUAGCAGUUUGGUGAUACUUAACCUUUCUGAUGUCUGCCUGUGUAAGUUAGAGGAAGGGUCACCAUCAUCUCUUCAGGCGAAGAAACCAAAGUACAAACAGAUGAACUUUGAUGUUCAGGUUAACCCCGCAAAACAAGAAUCCACCCCGCCAUCUAGUUUUUCUUUUCCUUUCUUCUUUUAUUUUGUUCUAUUAUUAAGAAGUGUGUGCUCAUUGUCAAAAAAUUCAAACAGUACAGAAAUUCGUAGAAUAAAAAGGAAACAGUCCCCAUUACCCCCAUCCCCGCAAUGUUCCCACGAACCCCCAAGAGGUUAACGAAAUAUAUUGUAUUACUAUGCGUCACUAAAUUUUUGAAGGCUGUGGGGCUUUUUGAAUCAUAUGACCUCCUAAAAGUAGUUCACAUUGUUCAGUUUAUUUUUAUAUUAAAACUUGGGACUGCAUUUUUUAUGGUUUUAUUUCAAAAGCCUUUUUCUUCUGGGAAAAGUAUUACGAAACGCCAGUGGAUCAAAAUAUUUAAACAUGCAAUUGCUGGGUGUAUCAUUUCACUUUUGUGGUAUUUUGGCCUCACUCUUUGUGGACCACUAAGGACUUUGCUGCUAUUCGAGCACAGUGAUAUUGUUGUCAUCUCACUGCUCAGUGUUUUGUUCACUAGUUCUGGAGGAGGACCAGCAAAGACAAGAGGGGCUGCUUUUUUCAUUAUUGCUGUGAUCUGCCUAUUGCUUUUCGACAAUGAUGAUCUCAUGGCUAAAAUGGCUGAACACCCUGAAGGACAUCAUGACAGUGCUCUAACUCACAUGCUUUACACAGCCAUUGCCUUCUUAGGUGUGGCAGAUCACAAGGGUGGAGUAUUAUUGCUAGUACUGGCUUUGUGUUGUAAAGUUGGUUUUCAUACAGCUUCCAGAAAACUCUCUAUAGAUGUUGGUGGAACCAAACGUCUUCAAGCUUUAUCCCAUCUUGUUUCUGUGCUUCUCUUAUGCCCAUGGGUCAUUGUUCUUUCUGUGACAACUGAGAGUAAAGUCGAGUCUUGGUUUUCUCUCAUUAUGCCUUUCACAACGGUUAUUUUUUUUGUCAUGAUCCUGGAUUUCUAUGUCGAUUCCAUUUGUUCAGUCAAAAUGGAAGUUUCCAAAUGUGCCCGAUAUGGAUCCUUUCCCAUUUUUAUUAGUGCUCUACUUUUUGGAAAUUUUUGGACGCAUCCAAUAACAGACCAGCUUCGGGCCAUGAACAAAGCAGCACACCAGGAGAGCACAGAACACGUCCUCUCUGGAGGAGUGGUAGUGAGCGCUAUAUUCUUCAUUUUGUCUGCCAACAUCUUAUCAUCUCCUUCUAAGAGAGGACAGAAAGGUACCCUAAUUGGAUAUUCUCCUGAAGGAACACCUCUUUAUAACUUCAUGGGUGAUGCUUUUCAGCAUAGCUCCCAGUCAAUCCCUAGGUUUAUUAAGGAAUCACUAAAACAAAUUCUUGAGGAGAAUGACUCUAGGCAGAUCUUUUACUUCUUGUGCUUGAAUCUGCUUUUUACCUUUGUGGAAUUAUUCUAUGGCGUGUUGACCAAUAGUCUGGGUCUGAUCUCAGAUGGAUUUCACAUGCUCUUUGACUGCUCUGCUUUGGUCAUGGGACUUUUUGCAGCCCUGAUGAGUAGAUGGAAAGCAACUCGGAUUUUCUCCUAUGGGUAUGGCCGAAUAGAAAUUCUCUCUGGAUUUAUUAAUGGGCUUUUUCUAGUGGUAAUAGCUUUUUUUGUGUUUAUGGAAUCAGUGGCUAGAUUAAUUGAUCCUCCGGAAUUAGACACACACAUGUUAACACCAGUCUCAGUUGGAGGGCUGAUAGUAAACCUUAUUGGUAUCUGUGCCUUUAGCCAUGCCCAUAACCAUACCCAUGGAGCUUCUCAAGGAAGCUGUCACUCAUCUGAUCACAGCCAUUCACACCAUGUGCAUGGACACAGUGACCAUGGGCACGGUCACAGCCACGGAUCUGCAGGCAGAGGCAUGAAUGCUAACAUGAGGGGUGUAUUUCUACAUGUUUUGGCAGACACACUUGGCAGUAUUGGUGUGAUCGUAUCGACCAUUCUCAUAGAACAGUUUGGAUGGUUCAUUGCUGAUCCCCUCUGUUCUCUUUUUAUCGCUAUAUUAAUAUUUCUCAGUGUUGUCCCACUGAUUAAAGAUGCCUGUCAGGUUCUCCUUCUGAGACUGCCACCAGAAAAUGAAAAAGAACUACAUAUUGCCUUAGAAAAGCUACAGAAAAUUGAAGGAUUAAUAUCAUACCGAGACCCACAUUUUUGGCGUCAUUCUGCCAGUAUUGUGGCAGGAACAAUUCAUAUACAGGUGACAUCUGAUGUGCUGGAACAAAGAAUAGUACAGCAGGUUACAGGAAUACUUAAAGAUGCUGGAGUAAACAAUUUAACAAUUCAAGUGGAAAAAGAAGCAUACUUUCAACAUAUGUCUGGCCUAAGUACUGGAUUUCAUGAUGUUCUGGCUAUGACAAAACAAAUGGAGUCCAUGAAAUACUACAAAGAUGGUACUUACAUCAUGUGAGAUAACUUGGGAAUUACCCCUGGGGUAUGAACAAUGAAGAUGAAAUGACCGGGUAUUUAUAAUAUCUCCAGAAGGAAGAAAAUUGCACAUAAUUGUACAGAAACAUUUUGUGGUAUUUGAAAAAAAUUUUAAAGCUCCCUACAGUUGGAUCAAGGAAUCUUUCUUAAAGGAAAUUUAAAUACAGAAUGAAGCGUUAAUUGUACAAGUAAAAUAAUUGUUUAAAUUAUGUGUAAAACAGGAAACAAAAUUUAAGUGAACAUGAUGUAUCAUAUCAUCUUCAAAAGUGAACAUAUAGGGGCUUCCCUGGUGGCGCAGUGGUUGAGAGUCCGCCUGCCGUUGCAGGGGACAUGGGUUUGUGCCCUGGUCCAGGAAGAUCCCACAUGCCGUGGAGUGGCUGGGCCCGUGAGCCAUGGCUGCUGAGCCUGCGCGUCCGGAGCCUGUGCU